AGCAAGCUGCCAUGACCAGCCAGUCCCAGGGGAUCCACCAACUCCUUCAGGCAGAGAAAAGGGCCAAGGACAAGUUAGAGGAAGCCAAGAAGAGAAAAGGGAAGAGGCUGAAGCAAGCUAAGGAGGAGGCGAUGGCAGAAGUGGACCAAUACAGAAUGCAGAGAGACAAGGAGUUUCGACUUAAACAGUCUCAGAUAAUGGGCUCUCAGAGUAAUGUCUCCUAUGAGGUUGAAGAACAAACACUUGGAAAGAUUCAGGAACUGAACGGGAGUUACAACAAGUGCAUGGAGCGUGUGCUUAAACAGCUCUUGAGCAUGGUCUGUGACAUAAAGCCGGAAAUCCACAUGAACUACAGAGCCACCAACUGAUGUACCUAAAGCUGUUCGAGGAAUAGUGUGUGGAUACCUCCUGCUUGCUGGUAGCUUCAUGUUUGCAUUCAGGAAUUUAAAAUGUUAAUUUUAUUUACUGUACAUCUUUAAAAUUCAAUGUGACU